UACUCUCUAAGUGUUGGAUUAACACUGCGUUUUUUUUACUGGGUGGGCGUCUGUCGGUCUGAUCUGGUCACCGCAGAUAGAGAGAGAGAGAGAGAUGGGGACGGUGCUGUCCAUCUCCCCCACCUCCAGGAAGGCGAAGGGCGGGAUACUGACUGAUGAAAAGCCCGACGCCACUGGCAGUGGUGGUGGUGUUGGUGUUGGUGGGGGGGCAUCCAGCGGUGGUAAAUCGGAGUCGUCCAAGGGGGGCCUGAAACGCCAUUCCGUCCUCAUCUCGGCUCUGACGUGGAAGCGCCUGGUGGCCGCCUCGGCCAAGAAGAAGAAUGCCAAGAAGGUGAACCCUAACCCGAACCCCCCUCCUCAGGCCAACACCAUCACCAACCCCGCGGUGGACCAGCUCAACAGCGAAAACCUCAAGAAAUCUCUGCAGCAGACGGAGCGCAAAGCCACCAAGCAAGGUCCCCUGGCAGUGCCUGUCCCCACCGUGCCAGACCAGCACAGUCGGCGAGGGAUUGUCGGCCCACAGAACCAGCAGAGCGGCCAGAACCAGCAACAGAACCCCAAGCAGCUGAUAGCGGUGCAGAAGCAGCCCAGCAGCCGGUCUCUGAUCUCCCCCAGGCGGGUCAUCGUUCAGGCGUCCACCGGUGAACUCCUACGGUGCCUCAGCGAGUUCAUGUGCCGACGCUGUUACAAGCUCAAGGAGCUGAGCCCCAACGAGAUCAUCCUGUGGUUCCGAAACGUGGACCGCUCCCUGCUGAUCCAAGGGUGGCAGGACCAAGGCUUCAUCACUCCCGCCAACCUGGUGUUCGUCUACAUGCUGUGUCGCGAGGCCGUCACGGAGGACAUCUCCACCGAGUACGAACUGCAGGCCACGUUCCUCACGUGCCUCUACCUGGCCUACUCGUACAUGGGGAACGAGAUCUCCUAUCCGUUAAAGCCCUUCCUCGUGGAGAGCAACAAGGAAGUGUUCUGGGAGAGGUCUCUACGGGUGAUAGACAAGAUGAGCGCCAAGAUGCUGCAGAUCAACUCUGACCCGCAUUUCUUUACCGAGGUCUUUCAGGACCUCAAGAACGAGGGAGGCCCCAGGGACAGCAACAGCAACGUGAAGUGGACUAAUAACUUAGACCGUUAA